UCUCUGGCGUUACCUCGUGCUUGCUGCAGUUAGUUGAAAGUCUGCCACCGAUUCGGACGGAUUGAAUCAGUCGCGCGCAACAGUAUUGCAAAACGUUUACGAAACAGCGAAAAUAGUGGCAACGAUCGUUCCUGUGUCUACUCAGUUGAAGAACGUACGGCUGAGGGAUCCCUCGUACGCGUGACUGACAUAUAUUUGAGGAAAACAUGUUCUCCGCCAACGGAAUAAUAUCAAAAUCGUGAAUCAUGAAAUGACGCCCAAUAUGGCCACAGAAGACAUCAUGCCACCUAGGCUAACCGAUAAUCAAACCACAAUUGUAACAUGUCCCAGCGAACUACCAACGGUGGUUGAAUAUAUCAAUGGAAUAGACACCAUUUUAACUGUGAUCAUAGCCAUAACCAUUUUACUCAGCUUUUCAACGUUCGUGGUAAGCGUCAACAGCGUCAGGCAGGUACUCCGACAAACGCCUAAACGUUUCAAGAGUAAAACCAUCGUUAUCCUGAUAAUAUAUCCGAUAGUGACAGCGCUGGCGAUAGUGUCGAUUCUCAUUCCCAAGUCGUACUUUAUUUGCGAUAGUGUAUCGCAUAUCUAUUUUAUGAUUACCGCAUAUGUGUUUCAUAGUCUCGUUGUAGAUUAUGUUGGCGGAGAGGACACUUUCAUUAAGGCUAGCGACUCUGAAACGUUUAACAUUAGGACACCCCCUUGCUGUUGCUGUUUGCCGUUUCUGAAACGAUCUGCCGUUACCAAAAACCGGAUGCUGUUUACGAGGCUGCUAACACUUCAAUUACCAAUUGUACAAAGUAUUUUAUUCAUAGGAUUAAAUGUCGUCUUCAUAGAGGAAAUACAAAAAUUCAAUCAAAUCAUUCUCUACUUUGUCCCGUUCAUUGUAAUCUCGAUAAUUCUUGGAGUAUGGGGAUUAAACAUCAUAGUUCGUAUGAUCGCCCCUAUGCAGGAAGAACUUAAAGUUAUGGCAAAAUAUGUGGCGCUACAACCCGUGCUAAUACUCUGUAAAGUUCAACCGCUGGUUAUCAUGGUUAUUGUGACGUAUGUCACACCAAAAUGUGAGUUCCCCAUGGUACUACAAGUCCAAAAAAAUGCCGUUUUCCAAAUGUGUCUGAGCGCGGAAAUGUUAGUGCUCUCAGUUUGGGCCAUGCAACUAUACAGAACCCCGAGCAAAAGUCGGGAACUGCUCGUGAAACCAGAAACCACAUAAAGUGGAAUUACAAGAGUCGUGGACAUCUGUGCAGCAAAAUAUAUGAAUAGCAUUGAACCAAAUUCUCAUGUUACUUAAUAAUUGUGAUUGUAUGUUGUAAGGAAAUGACAGAUAAA